GCGCAUUGAUGUAGCGUGGGAAACUUUUCCCAUUUCCUCAAAAGUAUAUCUGCCGUUGCCGAAUGUUAGCGGCACAUCUAUCUGCAGGUUGAAUAUGGGUUUGCUGUCAAUCCUUCGAAAGCUAAAGAGCACACCUGAUCAGGAGGUUCGGAUCUUGUUGUUGGGUUUGGACAACGGAGGAAAGACCACGCUACUGAAACAACUUGCCUCUGAGGACAUCAGUCACAUCACUCCCACACAGGGCUUCAACAUAAAGAGUGUUCAGUCUCAGGGUUUUAAGCUGAAUGUGUGGGACAUCGGGGGACAGAGGAAGAUCAGACCCUACUGGAGAAACUACUUUGAGAACACUGACGUGCUGAUUUACGUCAUCGACAGUGCGGACAGAAAAAGAUUUGAAGAGACGGGACAGGAGCUGGCUGAGCUGUUGGAUGAGGAGAAGCUGAGUGGGGUUCCAGUGCUGAUCUUUGCCAACAAGCAAGACCUGCUGACGGCUGCCCCAGCUUCUGAGAUCGCUGAGGGACUCAACCUGCACACUAUCCGGGACCGCGUCUGGCAGAUCCAGUCCUGCUCCGCCCUCACUGGAGAGGGGGUACAGGACGGAAUGAACUGGGUCUGCAAGAGUGUCAAUGCUAAGAAGAAGUAGCACAGCGGUCUGCUUUCUCAUACACACCCUAAGCCUGUGGGAGGACGGGUUGUACCUGUGAAUGUACACACUAAACAUGGACUUGAAGAAAGUUUUUAACUGCCUUGCUGGUCACUACACAUUGUUUACUAAACUACAAUUCUCGCUAGAACUACAACUUCCAUUGUUGCUCUUCAAAAUUGAGUAUUUGUAUUUGCGGGUACAAAGGGAAGGAAACCCAUCCCAGGAGACCCACCAGCCUAACCAUAUGACCUCCACCCUGUUAAGAAAUUCCGCCCCAGGACAUUCCAGACCUUUCUACUGUCCUUCACCACAACACCAGCCUCUCUUCCCUCUCUCCUAGCCUGGGUACCAGUCCGUUUGUCUUAUAUUCCACUCCUUGUACUCUGUCAUACUGUAUGCCAAAGCAUAACAGGAGUGGCAAGGAGUGGAAUGAUAGCAAAACAGACUGUUACCCAGACUACCUCUCUCCCCCUCUCAUUCAAUCUCUUUCUCUCCUCUCUUUCCACAUUUUUUCUUAUUUGUACAGUUUGCUCAGUUUUUUAUUCCAUGCUCCAAGCUCUUUUCUCGCUGCAGUUCUGUUGGAAGUAGGGUAUAUUUAUGUAAUUCUCUAUUUAUGGUGAAGUAGUGUAAUUUGCUUACAAAUAACGGAUACGGUGUGUGGUUACUGGUUUACUAGGAUGACAGGGCAACAUUGUAUACUGUGAUUUACUCCCCUGUGAAAAGGUUACGUGUGUUAAUAUGUAUAAAAAAAAAACACUAGUGCAACUCUGAAAUGGCACUCUGUUCCCUAAAUAAUGAACUAGAGUCGACCACAGCCCAUAUGAGUAGAGCCCUAUCUAGUGAAUAGUGUGCCAUUUUGGACAAAGCCUAAUAAAUCAAAUGGAAAAAGACUACA